AUGAGGCUACGAUCUUCUCUUCGAAAAACUAAUAAGCCCAUCGAAUGUCCAAAGGAAAAUGUCCAUGUCAAACCAAAACCAACUGCUAAAGCUGAUAAUUCCAGACAUAAGAAUGAUGAUAUCCUGCAAAGCCGUACUGCAUUUUCCAAAAGCUGUCCUCCAGGAAAAAGAAACCUGAACAUAAAUGCAUUUCUUGAAGACCCUUACCUUUUUGUAGAUGAUAGCGACGAUGAUAAAGAGAAUAUUGAUCCAAAUGAUUUCAAAACUGUAACUAGAAAGUAUGGCAGAAAGCUGAAGCCCUCUGCAAAAACAAGGUCAAGGCAAUUAUCAUCUUCAGCACCAUUCACAGCGCAAUAUAUCCCUUCUAAAGAAUCUACUUGUCUAGUCAAGCAUGAAGCGGACCAGAGUGUGCCCACAUCUGAGCCAGUGAUGAAAGGCGUUUCGUUAGUUUUGAAAACCCCCUCAGAUACAAGAGGCCUACAGGUUUCAUCGACUUCUAAUCCAAACCAGCGAGAUAACCUGAAAACCGCCACAGGUUCCAGUUCAGUCUGCGGGAAGAUUUCUACUUUCGUGGAAGAUCGGAAAGUAUGUUUAAGUGCUGUUCAAGAGCACACUUCCAAUCUUCCGCACCAAGCUACUAAUGUUCCCUUCACUCCGGAAUAUCAGAAACAUGUUUCUACACAUGUUUCGGAUGGAUCUAUCCCAGUUAUUUCAAAAGGAGCAUUGUGUAAUUUAAAUCCACAAAAUUCCUCAACCCCAUCAACUUCUAAUCCAACUACUGGAUUGCAAAUUUCUGUAGGACCACAUGGGGUUAUUCCAACUCCGAUAAAUUACCCUCUGAAUAAAAGAAGUAAUGAAAUACGUGAUAAUAGCAUUGAAUGUAUUGCUGACCAUCCAUUACAAAUUGACCCGAUAUGCACAUCUAAUACAGUCGCGAGUGACGUGGAUAAAGAUGACACCUCUUCUAAAGAUGCAAGCAAGGAAUCAACCUCAAGCAGUGGUCGCAGACGUAAAAAGGAGUCGGAAAGUGAAAGACAGAAGGCAUAUGAAUCAUGGUUAGAUGAAUUCAAUGCUGAACUGCAAAAGUAUGAAUCAUUUGAAUUAAGUGUUGAAAAUGUCUCACAAACAACUGAUCAUUGA